GGCCCAACCGGGGCGGCGCCCGCCGCCUCGCGGGCCGCGGGUCCGCCUCCGCCGCGCCGAGGGCGUGGGCUCCCGGCUCCCGGAAGCGGCGGCCGCGGCGCGGAGCCGAGCGGGCGUCGAUCCUCGGAGCAGCAAUGCUUGGCGGCCGCCUCUUGUGACCUGAGCGCGGCGGCCGGGCAGGGGCCGCUGAAUGGCGGCUCGCUGAGGCGGCGGCGGCGGCUGUGGCUGCUCGGGGCGUGGCGUGGCGCGGAGCGGCGGAGGCCUGAUGCUGCUUAAGCUCUUACAGAGACAGACCUAUACCUGUCUAUCCCACAGGUAUGGGCUCUACGUCUGUUUCGUGGGCGUCGUGGUCACCAUCGUCUCUGCCUUCCAGUUCGGAGAGGUGGUUCUGGAAUGGAGCCGGGAUCAAUACCACGUUUUGUUUGAUUCCUACAGAGACAAUAUUGCUGGAAAGUCCUUUCAGAAUCGGCUCUGUCUGCCGAUGCCGAUCGAUGUGGUUUAUACCUGGGUGAAUGGCACAGAUCUUGAACUACUGAAGGAACUACAGCAAGUCAGAGAACAGAUGGAGGAGGAGCAGAAAGCAAUGAGAGAAAUCCUUGGGAAGAACACAACGGAACCAACUAAGAAGAGUGAGAAGCAGUUGGAGUGUUUGCUGACACAUUGCAUCAAGGUGCCAAUGCUUGUCCUGGAUCCAGCUCUGCCGGCCAACAUCACAUUGAAGGAACUGCCAUCUCUUUAUCCAUCUUUUCAUUCUGCCAGUGACAUAGUCAAUGUUGCAAAACCGAAAAACCCUUCCACUAAUGUCUCAGUUGUUGUUUUCGACAGUGCUAAGAAUGUUGAAGAUGCCCAGAGUGGAAUAUUUAAAGGAAACAGCAGACAUACAGUUUGGAGGGGCUAUUUGACCACAGAUAAAGAAGUCCCUGGGUUAGUGCUAAUGCAAGAUUUGGCUUUUCUGAGUGGAUUUCCACUGACAUUCAAGGAAACAAAUCAACUAAAAACAAAAUUGCCAGAAAAUCUUUCUUCUAAAAUAAAACUGUUGCAGUUAUAUUCAGAAGCCAGUGUAGCACUUCUAAAACUGAAUAACCCAAAAGAGUUCCAAGAACUGAAUAAGCAGACUAAGAAGAACAUGACUAUUGAUGGAAAAGAACUGACUAUAAGUCCUGCAUAUUUAUUAUGGGACCUGAGUGCAAUUAGCCAGUCUAAGCAGGAUGAAGAUGUUUCUGCCAGCCGUUUUGAAGAUAACGAAGAACUAAGAUAUUCACUGCGAUCCAUCGAGAGGCAUGCUCCGUGGGUUCGGAAUAUUUUCAUUGUCACCAAUGGACAGAUUCCAUCUUGGCUGAACCUUGAUAAUCCUCGAGUGACAAUAGUCACACACCAGGAUGUUUUUAGAAACUUGAGCCACUUGCCUACCUUUAGUUCACCUGCUAUUGAAAGUCACAUUCAUCGCAUUGAAGGGCUGUCCCAGAAGUUUAUUUAUCUGAACGAUGAUGUCAUGUUUGGGAAGGAUGUUUGGCCGGAUGAUUUUUAUAGUCACUCCAAAGGCCAGAAGGUUUAUUUGACAUGGCCGGUGCCAAAUUGUGCUGAGGGCUGCCCUGGUUCCUGGAUUAAAGACGGCUAUUGUGACAAGGCUUGCAAUAAUUCAGCCUGUGACUGGGAUGGUGGUGACUGCUCUGGUAACAAUGGUGGGAGUCGCUAUGCUGCAGGAGGCGGGGGUACCGGCAGUAUUGGAAUUGGACAGCCCUGGCAGUUUGGUGGAGGACUAAAUAGUGUCUCUUACUGUAAUCAAGGAUGUGCGAAUUCCUGGCUUGCUGAUAAGUUCUGUGACCAAGCUUGCAACGUCUUGUCCUGUGGGUUUGAUGCUGGCGACUGUGGGCAAGAUCAUUUUCAUGAAUUGUAUAAAGUAACUCUUCUCCCAAACCAGACUCACUAUGUUAUUCCAAAAGGUGAAUGCCUGCCUUAUUUCAGCUUUGCAGAAAUAGCCAAAAGAGGAAUCGAAGGUGCCUAUAGUGACAACCCAAUAAUUCGACAUGCUUCUAUUGCCAAUAAGUGGAAAACCAUCCACCUCAUAAUGCACAGUGGAAUGAAUGCGACCACAAUACAUUUUAAUCUCACAUUUCAAAAUACAAAUGAUGAAGAGUUCAAAAUCCAGAUAACAGUAGAGGUUGACACAAGAGAGGAACCCAAAGUGAAUUCUACGACCCAGAAGUCUUACCAAAAUUUGGUUAGUCCCACAACACUUCUUCCAGAGGCGGAAGUACUCUUUGAGGAUAUUCCUGAAGAGAAACGCUUUCCAAAGUUCAAAAGGCAUGAUGUUAACACAACAGGAAGAUUCCAGGUGGAGGUGGAAAUUCCCUUGGUAAAUAUUUCACUCCUUCCCAAAGAGGCUCAGUUGAGUCUCAGUAACUUGGAUUUGCAGCUAGAACGUGGAGACAUCACUGUGAAAGGAUACAACCUGUCCAAGUCAGCAUUGCUGAGAUCAUUUCUGAGGAGCUCACCAGGUGCUGAAGUAAAAAUAUAUCAAGCUUUAAUAACAGAUGAAAGAAAUGACAGUGUAGAGGCCCCACUGGAAAAACAGGUUCACAAAAGCAUCUUGCCGAAAAGCUUGGGAACAUCUGAAAGAUUACAGAGGUCGACUUUUUCAGCAGUGACAAUGAAAGUGAAUGGUCACUACCAGAGUCAGAAUCCACCCCCGGACUUAGAAAUCGAAGAAAAAUUUAAAUCUGAAAUUCUGAUCCAAAAAGUAAGAGGUGGAAGUGUAUCAACAGAAAAACUCUCAUCUCGGAUUGUUCCACUGGAAAAGCAGAUUACAAAAGAAAAGAAAAUCACAGGGAAAGAACAAGAGAAAAACAGAAUGGAGGAAAAUGCAAACAACUACAUAGAUGUUAAUGAAGUACUACCUGGAAGAAAACUGCAGCAUUAUACAGACAGUUACCUGGGCUUUUUGCCAUGGGAGAAAAAAAAGUAUUUCCAGGAUCUUCUUGACGAAGAAGAGUCAUUGAAGACACAACUGGCAUACUACACUGAUAGCAAACACACUGGAAGGCAGUUGAAAGAUACAUUUGCAGAUUCCCUUCGAUACGUAAAUAAAAUUCUAAACAGCAAGUUUGGAUUCACAUCUCGGAAAGUCCCUGCACACAUGCCUCACAUGAUUGACCGAAUCGUUAUGCAAGAACUUCAAGAUAUGUUCCCUGAAGAAUUUGAUAAGACGUCAUUUCACAAAGUACGCCAUUCGGAGGAUAUGCAGUUUGCCUUUUCAUAUUUUUACUAUCUCAUGAGUGCUGUUCAGCCACUGAAUAUAUCUCAGGUUUUUGAUGAAGUUGAUACAGACCAGUCUGGUGUCUUAUCUGACAGAGAAAUCCGAACACUGGCUACCAGAAUUCACGACCUGCCUUUAAGUUUGCAGGAUUUAACAGGUCUGGAACACAUGCUAAUAAAUUGCUCGAAAAUGCUCCCUGUUAAUAUCACUCUGCUAAACAGUGUUCCACCAACUCAGGAAGCAUACUAUGAUCCCAAUUUGCCACCAGUCACUAAGAGUCUAGUAACCAACUGUAAACCAGUAACUGAUAAAAUCCACAAAGCAUAUAAGGACAAAAACAAAUAUAGGUUUGAAAUCAUGGGAGAAGAAGAAAUUGCUUUUAAAAUGAUCCGUACCAAUGUUUCUCAUGUGGUUGGCCAGUUGGAUGAUAUAAGAAAAAACCCCAGGAAGUUUGUUUGCCUGAAUGACAACAUAGACCAUAAUCAUAAAGAUGCCCAGACAGUGAAAGCUGUUCUCAGGGACUUCUACGAAUCCAUGUUCCCCAUACCAUCCCAGUUUGAGCUGCCAAGGGAGUAUCGAAACCGUUUCCUUCAUAUGCAUGAGCUGCAGGAGUGGAGAACAUAUCGAGACAAAUUGAAGUUUUGGACUCACUGUGUGCUGGCAACAUUGAUUAUGUUUACUAUAUUCUCAUUUUUUGCUGAACAGUUAAUUGCACUUAAGCGGAAGAUAUUUCCCAGGAGGAGGAUACAGAAAGAAGCUAGUCCUGAUCGAAUCAGGGUAUAGAAGAUCUUCGUUUGAAAAUCAUCUACCUCAGCAUUCACUGAGCAUUUUGAAACUCGGCAUCAUAGAGAUGUCUUCGUGAUGUGAUGCUUACCCAGCCUGACUUGAAGAAGGAAAAGCAUCCAGUACAAUACUUGUUUUGUGGCAUGAAUGUAGCCUACUGACCAGGAGUUGUUUAACCAAGACAUGGAAAACUUGUGUGUUGAGCAGCUCUGACCUGGUUUUACUUUUAAAGCAUUUGCUUAUGGACCCAUCAUUCUUUUUAUGAAAAAUCUGAAAAGUUCCCAUAGCAACUAUUUCCAACUAACUUUCACAUGAGAAGCCUAGGCCAGCUUGGGAACCAUUGCUAAGCGAUCCCAGUCUUUGCAUUCUAAAGCCUUUUGCUGCAGUUUUACAUUUUUGUUUUUUCCAUUUCUUGUUUUUUAAAAUAAGUAGCUACUAAGUUAACUAGUUAACCCUUACUUCUGAAAAUAAUGAAUUGGGAUAUCUAAACAUGUUUUUAUCUAUGUUAUUUAAAUAAUACAACAAUAUCACCUUCUAUUGGCAAUACCUAAAUUAUGGAUUCUAUUAACAUUUAAGACCAUAAGUGGUCAAACUACUGAUGAGAUCAAUGACUGACAGCUGAAGUACUUUGUGCUUGUUUACUUCAGCCCCUAAGAAUGUGAUUUCAUGCAGAGGCCUAAUUACAAAGGGCUAGAGUUAAGUAGCAGAGCUACCUUCCAGAUGUAAUUAUGUUUCGGAAAUGUACAUAUUCAAACAGAAGUGCCUCAUUUUAGAAAUGAGUAGUGCUGAUGGUACUGGCACAUUACAGUGGUGUUUUUUUAAAUGCUCCGUAUAUUCUAGUAGCUAGCUCUUUCAGCUGGUUUCGUGUAAUGCAGAGGUCAGCAAACUUUCUGUAAAAAGUCACAUAGUAAAUAUUUGCAGGCCACAGGGGUCUCUGUUGCAUAUUCUUUAUUGUUUAGUUUAAGUGUUUGUUUUUUUUUUUAACUUUUAAAAAUGUCAAAAAACCAUGUUUAGCUUGCAGCUGUACAAAAACAGGCCACCAGCUGGAUUUGGCCCACAGGCCAUUGUUUGCUGACCACUGGGAUAGAGAAUUCGUAUUUUUAUGUAUGAGUAAGCCCUGAUGUUCAGCUUUUAUUUAUAUCACCAUAUGGUGGAUUUCUGGAGAUUAGAUUCCAUAAGUCCCUUUUGAACUCUAACAGGUAUUUUAAGAUCAUGAUCUCGAACAGUAUUCUUUCAACACAUAUUUUGUAAAAAGAACUUGUGAUGUAAAUAGUGUGUUUGUGCUAUGUUAUGUAUUUCAAAAUGUGAAGUCUCAUAAAAACUUACAUUUUGUCUGAUGCUUUCUUUGAUUUUUAAACUUUUGAGGAAUGAGUUUAUUGUUAUCCAGAUUCUGCAGUCACUUGAGGGCUUGUACAGUAUAUCAGCAUCUGUGCUGAACACAACUGAACAUAAAUGAAAAGUAAUGUAAGGAGAGAGUAGUACUAUAACAUACUGGGGAGUGUCAUGUUAUAGGAGACAUAAGUUCUAAAUGGGAUUUAUCCUGUGGUAGAAGUUGAGGAGGUAUCUGGGUAUCAUUCUAAAAGUGAAGAAUUUAUUAUAGAAAAAUUAUAGAGAAAUUAACAUUUGGGUGUGUUUGUUGGACAUUUCUGUGGUUAGAUCUAAUUUAGAGCUUAAUAGCUUAAUUGGAUAGAAAAUAGAAUCA